ACUCCUUCAAGCAUCGAGCUAAACAGAAAAAAAAUGAAGUUCUUCAUCGUUGCUCUGGCCUUGUUUGCCGUGGUUGCUGCCCGGCCUCAGGACGACAAGUACACCACCAAGUACGACAGCAUCGAUACCGAUGAGAUCCUACAAUCGGAACGUUUGUUCAAGAACUAUUUCAACUGCUUGUUGGAUAACGGCCCCUGCACUGCGGAAGGUAAUGAACUGAAGCGAGUCCUGCCCGAAGCUCUGGAAAACAACUGUGCCAAGUGUAGCGAGAAGCAGCAAACGACCAGCACAAAGGUCAUCAAGUACCUGACCGAGAACAAGCCGGAGGAAUGGACUGCUCUGAAGGCCAAGUACGAUCCAGACAACAAAUAUGUCCAGAAGUACGCCGGAAAGGAUGGAAUCAAUCUGUAAGCCGAAAUUGGUUCUGUGAUAGGGACUGGAUUUGGAUAUUUUGACAAUGGCAUACGUUUAAAGUGUCUUAUGUUUUGUGAUCGGAUAACAACGCCAUAAUUGUAUAAAUGUAGUUCUGUUGAAUUCCCAGUGUAGAUGAACUUGUUGUGACAAUAAAUGCA